AACUAUGUGGCUACUGCAAAUAUCUAGACACUGUCGUCUUAAACCUGCUAUGAAGUUCGAUGUAGUUCUCAUUAGACAAGGAUUGUGAACAUUUCAUAAUUUUGAUUGCUGGAAUCCGAAAGUUGUUGGAAUUCAAGCUGACUUGUGAUACGGCCUGAAUAUACAAUCAGAGUGUUGUAGGAGAUGGAACAAGUUCACAGUCGGGGCAAAACCAAACCUAAUGGUGGAUGGACGACGCUUCACCUGGCUAGUUACUUUGGCCAGAAAGAUAUUGUUGAGGAACUGUUAAAGCGUGGCGUGGAUGUGAACACGCAGAAUUAUGAUGGUGACACGGCUCUACACGUUGCAGCCCUCUGUGGAAGACAGGAGGUUGUUCUGCUACUGUUACGGCACGGUGCUUGUGCCACGCUACUCAACGGAUGUGCUCAGACCCCCAGGGAUAUCACUGACGAUGAUGAAGUCAUUACUAUGCUGGAAGCUGCAGAAAGAAGAGAGGGCAGGAAGAUGGAGGAGAGACUUUUAGAUGCAGCAAGAGAUGGAGAUUGUGGGGUUGUAGCUCAGUUGCUCAGCAAGAGCAGACCUCCUGACGUGAACUGCAAGGACUCUGAUGGGGACACGGCAUUACACAUUGCAGCCAGCAGGGGGUAUAAAGAGUGUGUGGAGGUGCUGGUUAAGAGUGGAGGCAGUUUUAGUACAAUGAACAAAAACGGCCAUUCCGUGUUAGACGUCACCAAGGAUGAUCAGAUGAGAUUCUUUCUGGCGAAAUGUCAAGAAAAUGCUAUCACUGCUAGAAAGUUUGAAGGACAGUUGUGGAAGAAGUCAGAUUUUCUGACCUGGAACUCACACUGGGUUGUUCUGGAGAAUGGGUCUGUGAGCUGGUACUGUAAGCAGUCUGACACAGCAUGUGAAAACCGUAGGCAGGGCUAUAAGCCUCUUAUUAAGGCUCAGUGUGUGGUAAAAUCCUGGGAUAAAUACUUUUUCUCACUGAAGUGCUGUGAUGGCAGUGUGCAUCACUUUAAAGUGUCAUCUAGAUGCACAGAACCAGAAAUCAGCAGGAAAAAAUGGGUGGAUGCUAUCGAGGAGCAUGUCAUGUACAGCGCCCUCUGUGGAAGCCCAGAUAAAACAGCUGCACAGGAAGGAGAAGAGAAAGUGGCUGAAGAAGCAAUGGAUCUUCUGUCACACUCACUUCAGGCAACUGAAAGUUACCAGAGAAUGCUGGAGUCUCAGGUGGCCGUGUUUGUCUCCAUGGUCAAGAAUGAAGACAACGAUAUGACAGGUCCUGAGCUCAUCAAGGCCAGAGAGAUAUGUGAGCUGUGCAGUGAGACGUGCUCAGUGUUGAGACACUGUGUAGAUCUGCUGUCCCAGCGUGAAGAGGCGUGGAGUGUAAAGUUAGAACAGGAAGUAGAAAAGAACAAGAUUCUGUCUGAGGCUCUGCAGACGUUGGCAACGGAGCAUCACCAGCUCAAGAAAAACCUUUCUAUAGGCAGCAGAAAUUCGCCGACUCCGAGCGUGCUCACUGAGGAUGAAUUUUACGACGCUGUCUCUGAAGCUAACGCUCCUGCCAGCAUGUCUGGGGGGGAGAACCAUGGAGAUAAGACCCACCAUAAUGGUGUCAAGAAACACAGAAUGUCUCUUCCUGCCCCGAUGUUCUCAAGAAAUGAUGUAAGCAUCUGGAGCAUCCUUAAGAAAUGCAUUGGGAUGGAACUAUCGAAAAUCGCCAUGCCGGUCGUCUUCAACGAGCCUCUGAGCUUCCUGCAGCGUCUCACAGAAUACAUGGAGCAUACGUAUCUCAUCCAGCAAGCCAACGCCUCUACAGACUCCAUCCAGAGAAUGAAGUGUGUAGCUGCAUUCGCAGUCUCUGCUGUGGCAUCACAGUGGGAGAGGACCGGAAAGCCCUUUAACCCACUGCUGGGAGAAACUUAUGAGCUAAUCAGAGAGGAUCUGGGCUUUAGAUGGAUGUCAGAGCAGGUUAGCCACCACCCACCUGUUAGUGCCUUUCACGCUGAAGGCCUAAAUGAUGACUUCGUGUUUCAUGGCUCCAUCUACCCUAAACUCAAGUUCUGGGGGAAAAGUGUGGAGGCAGAGCCUCGAGGAAUCAUCACUCUGGAGCUCCCAAAACACAAGGAAGCAUACACUUGGACCAAUCCUACAUGCUGCGUCCAUAACAUUAUCGUAGGUCAGCUGUGGAUCGAACAGUACGGCAACGUGGAGGUUAUUAACCAUAAAACUGCCGAAAGAUGCAGCUUGACAUUCAAGUCUUGUGGCCUCUUCGGCAAAGAGCUACACAAAGUGGAUGGGUACAUAUAUGAUAAAAGCAAAAAGAAAAUCUGUGCCAUUUACGGCAAGUGGACUGAAUGUCUGUAUACGGUGGAUCCAGCUGCGUUCGAUGUUUACAAAAAAUCAGAUAAGAAAACUUCUGAGGAGAAGAAAGGCAGCAAGCAGAGCAGUGUGGAUGAGGAGGCUGAGGAGAUGCCCCCUCCUGAAGCCGAGACUGUGCAGGUCAUCCCGGGCAGCGAACUCAUCUGGAAGAUCUCCCCCAGACCUGAAAACUCAGCUCUGUACUACGCCUUCUCCACAUUCGCUAUGCAACUGAAUGAGCUGGAAGAAGAGAUGAAGGAGAAUCUCCCCAUUACAGACUGCCGCCUCCGGCCUGACAUCCGAGCCAUGGAGAACGGAGACAUAGAUUUGGCCAGUGCUGAGAAGAAGAGAGUGGAGGAAAAACAGAGAGUGGCACGGAAAAACCGCUCCAAAUCCAAUGACGAGUGGAAGACGAGGUGGUUCCAACAAGGAGCAAACCCACACAACGGAGGACAAGACUGGCUUUACUCUGGUGGCUACUGGAGCAGGAACUACUCCCAGCUACCUGAUAUAUACUAACCUCACACUUCCUCCAAGAAAGGGACUGCUGAAGAGAAACCAUGCAUGUUCACUAUUAACUUCAGUUCAUGCAGACUGUCAGGUGUUUGUACAGCUACAAGCUGGAUUUAUGUUUACUACCAUCUUAAAAACACUCAAGCAUGAGGAGAUGGAUCAUGGAAGUUAUUCUUAAAUAUGCAGUGUGUGAGGUGAGGUUUGUUUGUCCAGAGACUUGCAUUGCAACUUUAAAUCAUUAAUAUAGAUAUUACAGAGUUUCGGUUUCAAUAGAUGUAGCGAGGAUCCUUGUAAAUAUAAAAAGAAAACUAGGAUAUAGAUGAUUAUCUGUCAAGACAUGAAUUCGCUGAACGAAACAAACAUAGUCUUCUUUAGGUGGUUAAAACGUACCUCAUAAUCUUUAGUAGCAUCUUAAAACCUGUUGUGAACAAAAAUAAAUGUUAUUGUUAGUUUAAGAAAGUCUAGUUUUGCGGGCUACACUUAGUCCUCGGUUAAACAGAUAAACAAAUCAAUGUUUAUGUUCAAUUGAGAUUAAACAAAGCAUUUCGUUCGUAUAAAUAUUAGUUAAUUAAUUAUAUCUUACAGUCAGUCGUCUGUGGCUAUUGAGAACCAUUUUGGAUGUAGAAACGGGGGAAAAGCGUGCUUUAGAUAGUCGACGAACCAAUCAGAUAUCGUUUGGGAUGUUUUUGUUGGGUUGUUGUAUAUUUUCGAGUGAAAUGCAAACGUUUUACAACCGAACUACAGAAACGCACUCAGCCACCGAACACUCAUCACAACAAAAAGAAUCAUUACGUAAUGAUAAUUAUAUAGAACUACAAAUUCAACUAUUCAUAAAUUUCAUGUUUCUCAGACACAUAAAACCUAAAGCACAAAUCUAUUCAACUAUGCAACCUUUUUGAUUAGCUCUGUUGAAUUGAAUUUAUUCUGAGAAAUUGAAUUGACUGGUUAGCUGCAGGUUCUUUUAUGGCAGUUUAAUAUAAUAUUUACAACAGGAAAUGAGUGACACCUAAAAAAUGACUGGGUUAAGUAUAAAAUAUUUAUUUUAGGUACUCCUUCUUUACAGGUCUGUCACAAAUACCAACAAUACCCAAUGUAAAGUGUGACACAACAGUAAACCCAGCAGAAGUGAACUGUAAAGUAUACAUUUUUAACUGUAUGAUAAAAUCUUGAAUAUGGGUAUAAAAGAGAAGAAAAGAUGAAUUUGUUUGUAUAUUGCUGCUAAAUAAACACUAACGCUUCCCUAAACCGCUGACAAUGUGU